AUGAGCCGGGCGCUCAUGGACCAUAUCGCCAGUAGUUUCAGAGAAGAUGCUCCUCGACCCCCGGUGCCGGGGGAGGAGGGCGAGGCGCCCUGCUACCCCGGCAAACUCGUAAUGAUGAAAGCCCUCGAACCCCCUAAAUCGGUUCUGCUCGGCUCUCCGGGCUCCUCGGCGAGGAGGAACGACGAUGGUCUUGGGGAGCCAGAGGGGAGUGCUUCCCCGGAUUCACCACUGUCCCGGUGGACAAAGUCUUUGCACUCUCUCCUCGGGGACCAGGACGGUGCUCUACUUUUUAGGACAUUCCUGGAGCGAGAGAAAUGUGUCGAUACUUUAGACUUCUGGUUCGCCUGCAAUGGCUUUAGACAAAUGGACCUCAAGGAUACCAAAACGCAGAGAGUCGCCAAAGCAAUUUACAAACGCUACAUCGAAAACAACAGCAUUGUCGCCCAGCAGCUCAAACCCGCAACUAAAACCUUCAUUCGGGAUAAUAUCAAGAAGCAGCACAUAGACUCUGCCAUGUUUGACCAGGCGCAGACCGAGAUCCAAACGGACAUGGAGGAGAACGCGUACCAGAUGUUCCUGACCUCUGACAUUUACCUCGAGUACGUGAGGACUGGGGGAGAAAACCCCAAUCACGUUAACUCGAACGGACUGGGCGACCUGAAAGUUGUGUGUGGAUACCUGCCCACGCUCAACGAAGAGGAGGAGUGGAGUUGUGAUUUCAAAGCCAAAGCGCUGGUUGGACUGUCAGUGAAGGCGCAGAGGGCCACCUUGUCCGUGAGGGAGGUGGAGGUGAUGGAGGACGGAUACAGGUAUGAUUGCAACACCUUUUAAAACUGUAUUCAGCUUCAGAACCCCAAAUCUCUGCUACACAUGGGUUAUUUACAUCAUUUAGGACAGCUGGAGGCGUUUUUCUCCAACACUUUCUUCAAAACCUCUACAUCACUUCAGGGUUUCUUUAAAUUUUGCAGAAAACUCUCGCUGUCUGUCUUGCACUCCCUUCUCUCACCGUCUCCAGCAGCAGCAGCAGCAGCAGCAGCAGCCCUCUGCUGGCGCUCGCCUGGAUUUCCGGGGCUUUGAAAUAGUUCAGCAGAAUGAGGGAUCGUCUUCCACGGGAAAAGUUCACAGAGCACGACAGGCUCUGGCCCCAGCCGGCAAAUAAUAGAUGAUGACAUUGCUAUGCUAUGCCUCCUCCUGUACCACACUGUCCUUUUAGCCCGUGGCUGCAGGGAUAUAAAUCUAUACCAGAAGGCACUUAGAGACCAGUUUCCUGUCGUUUUAUUGCACAUGAUUGCCUUUAAAUCUCCGCCUGAACAUUUUAAAGUAGUUACAUCAAAGUUUUUAUUGAUAGGACAGCAUGGACUGCUUUUAUUGAGGCAGAUUUCAAACACAGAGAUCACCUGAUGCUGCAGAUGAAGGUUUUAGUGAUAAUCGUGGAUGUGUGGCGUGUUGCUGGAGGUCAGAUAGGUCAGGACUUUUCUCUAGUUUGAUGCCUGAUUCCCGUCUCCCCCCUCCGAUUGUCACUCUACAGAUUCAAAACAUGUGGAACCUAUUUCUCCCCUUUCCGCUUCCCUCUCCUUACCUCCUCUUGUCUGCUUUACUUUCUUUCAAAAAGCUGCUACAGUACAGAAUCAACACCUCCCCUCCUCCUCCUCAGCCCCUCUCACUUUCUUCUUCCCUCUUUUCUUGUUUGCGUCAAUUCUCCUCUGAUUCCCUCCUUUGCUGCCUUCUCCACUUUUAUCUUUUUUUCCUUUUGAAAUCUCAGGGAUGGGGACUAGGAGGCAUGCUUUUGGAGAGAAAGUGAGGGGAAAGAGAGCGGAAAGGAAGGACAGAGAAGAGGAGAAGGAGGAGGAGGAGGAGGGUGCACCAAAUGAAAGAAAGGGAGGGAGGAGAAAAGGAUAAAUAAAGGGGGUUAGAGAGAGAGGCAGGGAGGGAAGAAUGCAAGGCCAGCUGUGUUAAAUACCUGACUCUUUGCAAGCCUCUCUGAAGGUCAGACCGGAGCUGGGAGGGGGCUGCAGCUUUAGUCCUGCUGGGUCUCUCCCUCCUCAUGAAGACCCCUACUUUUUUUUCCCCCCUUUCUUUCCUCCUCUGACACACUCUCAUGCUUCCGCUUUAUACUUUUUUUUUUCCUCCUUAGGUCACUCCCCCCUUUUCUCCUCCUUCUGUACCAUGGCAAGAAUGCAUGCACAGCAGGAGAUGAAUGCAGAGGAAAGAGUGAGAGAGGUGGAAAGAGAGGAGUUGUGGGCUUACAGGGUGAAAACUCAAGCUUUCCCAGCGCAAAUGAACGUGCACUUAAAGGCUUGAGUUUGCAGAAGCUCAACGUUAGCUUCUCACAGCUGAUCUUUUAAAAGUUGUUUCCACCCAAACUUUCUCCUCUUUCCCCUGAGGUUUUAACGACACCAUCAUCCCCACACACCCACCUGAUUUCUCUCAAAGUGGAAAUUAAACGUCACCCACCUGUUUGCACUUUUUCCCACAGUGUUGCGCCGAAGAAUCAAACUGAUUUCUGCUGUUGUAACUUCUGCAGGUCGUACAGGAGAGGAGAGUCCCCGAACCCCUGCCAUGCCGGCUCCUUCGCCCCCGUCAGCAGCACCAACGACAGCGAGGUGUCCAGUGACGCUCUGACGGAUGAUGCCAUGUCCUUGACUGAUAGCAGCAUGUAAGUAAACGUUAAAAAACACAUGAAGUAAACUUUCUGUUUCCUGGUCCAGUGGAGGCUUCUUGUCGUGGAAGUAGAAGUGAAAUUUAAGGUCACGUCUGAAUACUUAGAAUCUACGCUGUCGAGAUAGCAUCAAAUGAAGCUUUGACGGCCUUUUUUUGCGGCGCUGCUUGACUAAUGUGGCAUUUACGGCGGCUUAGCACAUGCACAUCCACAAACUUCAAACAGAAGAGACAAAGAGAAGAAAGGGUCAGGGAAAUUAGGCAUCAGUUCAUGGUUUUCAGGGGGAAACAUGAGGGGAUGCAAGUUCUGCAAAAAGUGCACAUUAGGGUAUAGUUUGAUUAGGCGGAUUUUGCACACUUGUGUCGAAUGCAGUUUGUCCUGUUGUGCAUAAUGGUGUUAAAUGUUCUCAGUUUGGAUCUAAAAGGUGAGAAAAGUAUCAAACAUGAGUCACUGUGUCUUUAAAUGUUGAUAUAUUGAACUGUCUAAACAGGGGGGCGUCACAUGAUGGUGGAUGAAGGUGUCCAGACACCUGCCUCACUCUCUUCUUGGCUAUAAUCACAGAUCUACACAUGGGUUGACAUCCCCUCAGAUACCUGAUCUUGCAGUUUAAGAAGGAUUUGAGGGACCACCUUAAGAGAGGACUUGAGUUUCUUCCCUUCAGUGCAGUAGGAGACAGUGAAAACAUUGUGGGUUUGACCGUGUACGUGAGUUUGCUAUCUAUUCGAUUAAGAGAGUCAAAGUGGAAGAAAGUUUCGUAAACUUGACCUUCCUGCUUGAUAAAUAACUUAAUUGAUCAGUGGGUUAUCUGACGGUCGCGGAUGACUAACUAAUCAGGAAGCCGGCCCCGUCCGUCUACAUGUGGUUUCUUCUUAUCUGUGUACGUGCUGAGGGCCUCGUUCCCCCGAAGGAUCGCAUGAAGUCAUUGCUCGGCGCGCAGGUCAGCGGAAACAGAGAAAUGUUCUUCUUAGGUGAUGUCACCGAAGCCGGGAGGUUCGCCAUGACCGAGCUGAAGCUACAAACGCAGAGAUACUCAUGUGCAGAACAUCCAAAGGGCUUGGUUGCACAUAAAAAUGGCUGCUAUAAAGACUUUUUUUUUUACAACAGGGAGUCCUCUGCUCUGGCGUAUCUCUGCACAGCUCUGCUUCAAAGAAACCGAGGCCCAUAUAGUCGUUUUCUGCUGUACUUUGCCCAGUGUAGUGACAAAGCGGCGGCCACGGGGACACAACCCCCACCUCUGCCCGAUCCGGCCUUGAUCAGAGUAUCUGCCUCUCUUUGGGUCAGUUGAAAGGACCCAUAAACAUUUGAAUUUCAUUUACAGAUCAAGAAAAGAAUAGAAAAGAGGGGGGAAAGCAACGGGGGAGGAGGCGGUAGGGUGGGAAAAGAAAAGAGAGUGGUGGAGGGAGGAGGAGUGGGGGGGGAUUUUUGCUUAUAUCUUAUUUAUGGAUUUGCUUGGACGCUGGGGAAUGCAGCUGCGCAGACUUCAAACAUUACCUUAUCUUACAAACCAGCCUUUUGAUGUGCGGAGAUCAGAGGCUGGCUGCGGCAGCGCUUGCCAAAUGAAGAUUGGGAGGGGAGUGGAGGGAGUGGGGGGGGGGGGUUGCUUAUGCGCAUGACUGUGGCAUUUCAAAGCAAAAGUGGAAAAGUGCUCCUCAGUUAGGCUAGGUCACCAGGAAACUGCUGCUUAGCAUGAGAGAAAAGACGCUGAUUUACUCUGUCAAGUGUUUCAGUUUGAAGCUCGUUGUUUGAUUCCCUUUUUCCGAGCCAGUCAGCCGCGCGCUCCCGCAGAUAGAUUUAACCAGGUUAGCUGCACCCUUGGGUCCCGUCCUGCGGUAACUCUGUGUAUAAGUAGCUAAGGCUAACGGUGUCCUCAGCUAAGACUGACGCGUCUCCUGGCUGGUGGGGCAGAGUGCAGCAGAGUUUACGUCCAUGUAGCCAGCAGGGUUCCCACCAGUCCUGUACUGGAGCCAGAGUGUCAUUUCUAGGGCAAAGAAAACCUCCUGCUUAGACCUGGACGUAUAAACAAGACUGGAAAUCCUGGCGUAGCUUCCCCUCAUGUGGAUCUUUUUUUUUUUUGUUCUAAAAUUAGGUCCAAGAGGAAAAAAAAAACAAGAAAAGGAUGGAAGAAUUAAUAAAUUCAGUUUCUUCUGGGUUGAAAUGCGUUUGAUCUCCCCAGUUGGCUAACAAGCUCCUUCCUGAAUGGCUGUUUGGUCUUAAACGAUGGAUCUGAUUGGGUAAUUGACCUUUGUGAUCUCUCUGUAUUCCCCCCCAGAGAUGGCAUCCCUCCGUACAAACUGGGAUCCAAGAAACAGCUCCAGAGAGAGAUGCAGCGCAACAUGCGGAUGAACAGUCAAGUCUCUCUGCCUGCUUUCCCUGUGAGUACACAAAAACACACACAAACACACACACGCGGGUCUUUUUGAACCUGGGUCCCACAGAGUAAUUUCCAUACCACCCUCUGUUCCGGGUCUCUCUUGGUUCUAUGAAUAGUCCCGCAAACUGUAUUCAACAUUUUCAAUUCAACAACACCAGCGAAGAUCUGAAGAGUAACGUCAAAGAUCCAGCCUCCCACUCACGCACAUAAACACACAUAAGCGCGCACACACACUCAGAACUGCGAGCCCCCUCGCUACCUUUGGUGUCACCUACACCCCCAUUAGGGUUCCUUGAAGUCUGCGGGAGAUGGGGGGGGUCUCUAAGCUGUUUAUCGCCGCGGCGCUCCGAACACACCAGGGUUUUUUUUCUUCCCUACCGAUGCUGUAAAUAUGGAGAAUAGGAAGAGAUGAGGAAGAUUUCGAACGCUUUAUCCCGAGGGCUCUGAAAUCAGCCCGGGUUCCCGACGAAAACACAACAGACACAUUCGCACGCACUCGCGCACACACGCAUCGCUUUGAUCCGAGGAUGAAUGGAAGAAAUGCACAGGGAAGUGACAACUUCCAACAGAGCUGGCCCCCUUUUUUUUUCACACACACACGCACAUAUGCACCCCCCUCCUCCCCUAAAAGUGAGGGAUCUUGGGAAGAGCUUGAGCGUGUCAUGUGAGCUCUGAGUGGGUCAGAGGGGAGUUUGUAGCUUAAGGCUUAAAGAGGCUAACUUUAGGAGCGAGGGUCCAAGCGGAGUCAGAGGGACGCCCUUCGAAUAAACUCGACAUAACCCCGUUUUUUUUUUUUUUUAAAGAGAUCCGCACAUUAGCUACCGCCUCUCCGCUCCUCUCCUACUGUCCCUCUUUCGCUUUAUUUUCGCUUUUAUUCUUGUUUCUGUUUCCCGUCUGAUUUUUGGCAAUGGCUGCCAUUCCCAUGGUGCACCAGCCCAAGGCUCCAUCAGACGGCGCCUCUUUUUCUCACUCUUUUUCUCCCCUUCAUCCUCACUACAAAGGCUUGGGAGACACAAAAAAGAAACAGAAAAAUCAAGAAAGCCCCGGUGCAAAAAUGCAAAUAAUUUAAAGUGUGUGUGCGUUUACACACACACACACACACAGUUUCGUACUGUCACUGUACUGUACCUCAAAGGUGCCCAGUGUGAGACAAGGGGGGAAUAAAUUACCUCAACCUGUCUGAUCUCCUGUCCUUUUUUGGCACCUUUAUCUCUUUCCACCAAUCCUUCUCUCUCUUCAUUUGCUUUUUCUCUUCCCUCCUGUGAGCACACAUCUCUGCAUCUCAACUUCUCCCAUAUUUUUAAUCCCUCAUCCUUUCCUCCCCGGAGUUCCCUUCCACCCCCUGUCGAUAUGUGGCUUUUAUUCCAAGAUGUAAAGCCACUGCUUCCCAUCUAUCUAUCCCUCCAUCCCUCCCUCCUCCAUCCCAUUCUCCCCCCACUGAGUGUUUGAUAUUUGACGAGGAAGCCUUUGAAGUGAGCUGACUUUAAAGAGGCCUGCUGCUGAUGAUGACAGAGGGAACCAGCCGAGGCCUAGCCCAGCGUGACCGUACAGCAGGCCUGCCACCCCUUAAAACAAGCCCGUAGCCCUGAGUGCCUAUCAGGGCGCCAGAGAUCGGCACGAACGGAGAAUGAUGCAUGCGUGAAGAGGAGUGUGGAUGUCUUUGUACAAGUUAGGGAAAGAUGAUACAGAAGCUAAUGCGUCUCCCUCCUUCUCCCAAAAGCGUACUCGCCGUCCUCCCAAGGAGAUGGUCCCCAUGGAGCCGGCAGAGUUUGCAGCCCAGCUCAUCUCCCGCCUGGAGAGCCUGAAGAAAAAGCAGGACACCAUCAACUCUCUGGAGGAGAGGCUGCAGCAGAUCCAGGAGGUUUGUUUGUGUGAAAUUCUCUGUUAACAGAGAUUUUUUACUGUCGUUUCUCAUUCCUCAUGACGAUUUCUCUGCUUUGUGCUCAGGAGGAGGAAAGAGAAGAUUCUGAGAUUAUCACAAGUGCUCCCCAGCUCUCUCCACACCCUUUGACCCUCCUUCCUGGCUCCUCUGACGAGGACCCACAAGCUAUCCUGGACGAACACCUCUCCCGCGUCCUGAAGACCCCCGGUUGCCAGUCCCCCGCAGUCAUCCGACAUUCACCUCGCUCUACCUCUCCAGAGCAUGCAGCCUUCACACGGGCAGCCUAUGGCAUCAAAACCCUGGUGAGGACCGGACCCUCAGCUUCCGCUUCGGUCUCAAGUCCCGACCAAGCGGCCAUCGCUCUGGCUCUAGGUCCCGGCCGGACCCUCGUGAGCAGGCAGAGCACAAAACACAUCCACCACCAUUACAUCCACCAUCACGCCAGCCCCAAGACCAAGGAGCAGAUCGAAAGGGAGGCGGCCUUGAGGGUUCACGGCCUGUGCUCCAGCAGCGGCGAGUGCGCGCCCUGCCAGCCUUACCAGCGCAGCCGCAGCCUGGGCAGGGAGAUGUGUGGAGCGGUCUCGAUAGACAACAACAUGGGGUCAGUUUUGAGCACUUCCUGUAUCCUGGUCUCUUAUUAUCCGUUUUUCUUGCAUUGAGAAUCAAAAGAAUAACCUCCUCUUUUUCCUUGCAGGCGCUCCAGCUCUCUGUCCAGGCAUGUGUGUCGUGCAGGGGCUGAGGACGGAGCAGCAGAGAAGUGCACCGAAGACUGCGGACCCUUGCAGCUGCCCAGCGACACAACCGACCCCACCCAGAAUGUGCUGCAGUGGAUCCUGGAAAGCAAACGUCAGGGCAGGCACAAGUCCCACAGGUGAGCAUUUCCUGAUCCCUUGAAUUUCUGCGUUGAUUUCCUCUAAAAUGUCCUAAUUUAUGAUCCAGCAUUGCACAGCGUUAACGCAUAUCACCCUCCCUCAUUUUUCCUCGCAGUAACCAGAGCACCAAGAAAACCUUUGGGGGCUCUUCCACCCAGACGCACACGUGGGGUGGCGGUGGAAGCUGUGGCCACCUACGUAGCCACCAGCCAGCACAGCCUUUCAUCCAGGACCCGGCCAUGCCUCCCCUGCCCCCUCCCAACACUUUGGCCCAGCUGGAGGAAGCCUGCCGCAGACUGGAGGAGGUCUCCACCAAGACCACCAAGCAAAGGUACUUAGAAACAAGAGGACUGGUUUCAGAUUUCGUUCAGAGGUUCGAUUUUGGAGAUAAAUAAGGAUGCAUUAUUAAUUAUUCUUUCAAAUCUCCUCUCAGACAUUCAAUGUCCAGCGUCCAGCAAGAGAAGAGCCACCUAGUGCCUGUCCAAGGGGAGGGGUCCGUCCCUCUGUCUGCCAGUCCCAGUCCUGCUGGCCUCCCCUCCACCACCGGUCUCCAAUCAGAAGAGUACGAUGCCUCUAGCGUCCUGCCCUCCCUCUCCUCUCCUCCUCUCUGCUCCUCUUCCUCCUCCUCUCAGCCAUAGCCUCCACCUUGCAGUGUACUUCUACCCUUUUAACUCUUCCUGCUUGACACAGACAAGUAGUCGAACCUGCAUUUGUUUUUGUUUUUUGUUUUGCACAUGUGCAGACACCCACAUAUCGCUGUAAAGAGAGGGUGACCCCCUUUUUUACAAAGCUUACUUUAAGCUUUGUACGCGGAUGCCCGGCUCUGCCUCUGUUUGCAUGAAUCUUGUGUAUUUGUGCCGUGUGUGGGGAGUGUGUAGUCACAGCACCACCUGACUGAGACAUCCCUUUCAUAUAUAUGUAUCAUUUUUAUUGGCUGUCCUUCAGUGAGCUGGCAGUCGGCUGGGGCAAGCAGAGCUUAGCAAAGAGAGAGCUCCUCUGAAGUGGGCCUACAAAGCCUUGGACAUAGCUGAAGGGGAAUUGAUAAUACUGUGCACAAAUAACACACAAGUACACACCUACUGAUGGCGGCGGGUCACUCGCUCAGCUAGCGGUUUUCUUCUUCGUCUUCUGCAGACGUAGAUUUAGCCUCGCCCUUUUCUGAUUUCCUCUUGUAAUCAUUAUCUCACAUUCAAGAGGGUAUCGGCUCCAUCUAAUGUCUUUUUCUCAACCUUCUUUCAGGAUAAAGGAGUGCAAAAAAGGUUCAGGAGUGAGCGGCGGCGGCGAGACGGUGGUGACUUAUUUCUUCUGUGGUGAGGAGAUCCCUUACCGGAGGACCAUGAAGAGCCACAGUCUCACUUUGGGCCACUUCAAGGAGCAGCUCCGCAAGAAGGGCAACUACAGGUGCGCAUGACGAGACGAGCGUUAAACUUUUACGAGAGGGAAUUCACUGAUGUAAUGUGAACUUUUGCCACCGGCGCCGCUCUGAUAUCGUGAUUGUGGGGUAUAAAACGCUAUCAGUUCAUCAGCCUUGAUCUGAGAGAGCGUUUGAACACAAAACAAAGAGCGACUUGACAGACCCUGUAGCAAACGGUUUAAAGGUGGGGCCUGAAGAAAGGGGAGCUUUGAAGAGCUCUCCCUUUAAGACAGACACAAGUGGAGGGUUUCUGACGACUUAAUCUGGAGCAUUUUUGGGGUCUCCAGUUAAAUGUUCUAGAAAAAAAAAGUGAAAAAUAUUGAAUGUUGGCAAUAAAACUGGGAACUGGUUCACCAUAUUUUCCAAUAGUCUAGGGAAUCCAGAAAAGGCGCUCCUGAGUGUGAGAUUUCAAAAAACUGUUGAGGAUUUCAUCAUCUUUGAGACAUAAUAACAUGAAAAGAUUCAGAAAAUCUGGAGGAAUCCCUGCAGUAAAGGGACAAAACCCAAAACCAAUGUGAGAUGGCUUUGAUUUUUAAUGCCCUGCAUUCAAAAUGGACAUGACUCUGUAGUGGAGGUCACCGCAUGGGCAUGAAAUCACUUUGAGAAAUCUCUCAGUAUUUUUACACGGCACUCAAGAAAACCAAAUCAUUGCCUUACGCUGAUUAAGACAGGAAAACUGAAGUGCAUGUAAACACCGAUUGGAGUCGGCGAACUCCAAUUGAAACACCCAGAUAAUGUGAUUGGAAUUCGACUUUCUUUGCCAUGUAACCAGCGUAGCUGGAGUGUAAUAGGACAAUGCAUGUGCGUGUGUGCCAAGCCCCCGUAACCCCGGAACAAAAACACCAGAGAAGAGGAGUAGCGUGCAUCUCAUCUGCAGAAAAAGUAGCGCUUACAUCAUGUACGACAAAAACAACACUGUACGAUGCUCCAUCUUCUUGCUCAAAAAUGCCCAACAGCAGUUGUAGACACUUCUGACGUCUGAGACGGACCUGCUGUUGUUGUUGGGUCAACUGGAAACAGCUUUCACAUCAAUACUUCGAUUGUCACAGCUGCAUGUAUGCGUGGACAAGGAGAGAAGUCUGAUUUGGCAAAAAAACUGAGUUAUGAGCUUAGUCUGAUUAAGCUGUGCAUGUAAACGCAUUGAUUGUCUGUCACAGCAGUUAUGGUUUUUGGUUUUUGGAGACCGUGGACUCUGGAUCCUUCGCUCUAAAGAGGGACCACCCAGCCUUUUAUCAGCGCACAGUUCAAAGCUGGCGUUCAGGGAGUCAGAAUUGGGAAAACAACGUUGAUGCAGAGCAGCAUAACGUUUAAGGGAAGACUUUUCAUAAAACAGCAAGAGGAUUCUAAUCUGCAUUUUGCUUGCAUUACAACAACAUGGCUCUGUAGUAGGAGAGUCCGGGUGCUAAACCUGCAAAAGGAGACCCCAGCUGCAGUCCUCAACCAGUUUUGUUAAAGCACAGUGGUAGACGUGCCCCUCUCCCAGCUGGUCUGACUUGUGUUAGGGUUGCACAAUCUGUAAUCAUCACUGUCAUCUCCAUGUGACCUUUUCAAGAGAUUUAGAGCGAUCCCAAUAGCCGCAAUCUAACAGGGCAGGACUAAUGGAAACCACAAAGUGAAGUGAGCUGUUGUAAGCUGAGGUUUCACUGUCUAAACCGUAUGAAUCGCGGUCGCUGUCUUUUGAGGCUUGAUGUAUUUUCUCCACACUAUCGGAGCUCUGUCCACGCCUGUGUGUAGCUCUGUUAUCAGUGUUUGUUUCUGUGUGUGUGUGUGUGUGUGGAGGGGGGUUCAAUGAAAAGGAAAGGACAUGAGCGAGUGAGUGAGCGAGCGAGGGAGGGUGGGUGGUGCGGGGGUUAGUGGAAGAGUUUGAACUGCAGCGAUUUGGGUCCCAUCUGGUAUUGAUUUCCAUGCUAAGGCACACUUAAUACACAUGGCUUUGAAGCCCCGGCCCCUUUCAUUUCAACCAACAAAGACUCACACAAAUGGCCAGCGUGCAAAUUCUUCACUGAUGCUAUCAGGGGCUCUUUUUUCCUGCCCUGGUGUGUGUUUGUGUGUGUGUGUGUACACGACUGAAUGUGCACACUGUUUACACAUGUUGUAAUCAUUUUAUGGAUAUUUUUUGAAAGGCAGAUUGUUAAAUGCCAGACUCUCUUGUUUGCUGUACUUCAGGGCGCUGACUGCGGCCGGCCGCGCUGCUUCAGUUUGUGUUUGCGGAGCGAGAUUUUCGACUUUGAUUGCUCCUUUCCAGUGGGCAUUAAAGGGAGAAAAGAUCAAACAUUUAUUGUUUAGGCUGCUGCGGUCUCCAGGAAAAGCUCGAGUCGAGUAUUGUGUUAGUAAUUACAGGUAUUUGACUCGUAUAGAAACGUCUUCCCGUCCAGAUGUGCGCGGCGAUUCUGUGACAAGCACUUAGCUGAGACCCCCCCCACAUCUGUCCGUCUCUCCCCUCUCUGGCUCGCUGUCUCAGUUCCUGUGUCAUAGCAUCCACAAUUUUUUUUUUUUUUUAGGAAAAGAGAGCCGCGCGGCGCUUUAAUAGCAGCCAGAGAAUGUGUGGAGUUGGGUCAUUUCAACAUGGCAGCGGUUCAACAAAGAACAGUACUGCCGGGCCCUGCCAGACGAUAUUGGUGCCAGAUGUCAGUGCAAACGCAGAGCGAAGGGGAGAAGGGGGGAAAAACAGAUCUAGCCACAUAAAACAUGUUCCAGUGGAAAUUCAGGCUCUCUCUGUCUCUGUCUGUCUCUCUCAGCACAAAAAAAAGAUCACGGCGCUUUGAAGACUUGAGUCCUUUUUUUUUUUUUUCUUCUUCUUCCUCCUCUUCAGGAUGAGAGAGAAGGAUAAUACACUUAUUAAAAUCUUUCAUGUCCUCUUAUUUAUCUUCUUUGUCUUAUUUAACUUCCUUUAUUUCGUCUUAUCGACCUCCCUUUUGCUGAUCGGUGCAUCCGCAGAUCUUUGCCAGAAGUCCGUAGCUCGACUUUUUCUCGCAUGUUGGAUUUUGUCAGCCUCACAUCUCAUUAAAAACAAAAUGCUCACAAACAUACUCGCAUUCCAGUCACCCCACACAUGGAGCAAACUGAGGCUUUUUUUUCCAUUACAUAGUUAAUGAGUGAAACCCACCCCUGCUGCUUUCUCUUCCUCUCAAAACCAGGAUGGGGGGGUUGCAUCAUUAAUGGCCCAGUGAAGUCAUGGCUGACGAGAAGCCCCUCCUUACUUUUUCGUCAACACACACACACUCACACACACACACACACACACAUGGAAAGUUGUCAGUCUGCUGCCCUUCCUAUAGCACCCAGCGAGAGCUCGUGCAAGCAACGGGGGCAAGGAAGUACACGGUGUACCGCGCUCCUCCUCCUCUUCCACUUUGUUCUUUUCUUUGUCCUGUAAUAAUGAAACAUGAGGGGCGAGUGAAAGCCCGCGCGUGUGCAUGUGCAUCUUCAUCUUCUAGCAAGUGCACGAGAUGGUGUGUAGGAGUCAGAGUUCGGGUGGGUAGGGGGGCAAUGACAGGCAGACUUUCAGGCACCCAAAAUUUCAGCCUUUGUCAAAGAAGCCCUUCAUUUGCACGCCGCUCUAAUUGGCCUGUUAGCCGGGGCGAAACUCACUGCAACUCCGCGGAGGAAAGGGAAAGAGAGAGCGCGAGCCUUUCAUUGGAGUCCAAGAGUUAAAAGAGCAGGUUUCAGCCUUGAUUCUUGACUCCCUUUGACCCACCUGUAUGAAAACUCUGGAUCUGUGGGUGUUAACUCUCUCUCUCUUGCUUGUCUUUUCUGUGCAGGUACUACUUCAAGAAGGCCAGCGAUGAGUUCGAGUGCGGCGCCGUGUUCGAGGAGGUGUCCGACGACCUCUCUUUGCUGCCCACCUACGAGGGAAAGAUCCUGGGCAAGGUGGAGAGGAUGGAGUGA